AUGAAUGAAGAAGUAGAAAAAUGUUUAAAUGAUAAAAGUAGAAAAAACUCUUAUGAUAUAAAUAUAUAUAACAUAAAAAAAGAAGAUGUAAUUAUUCAGGAUAAUAUGAAUAUAAAUAAAAAGUCAACAAUUGAUAUUGAUAACAAUGAUCAAGUAAAUAUAUAUAUUGAAAAUAGUGAUUUAAAUAAAAAAAUAUACAAUUGUUAUACAUGUAAUAUACAAAUAUAUAAUUUUUCUUUUUUUCGCUAUCAUUUCAAAUCAGAAUGGCAUAAAUAUAAUCUUAAAAGAAAAUUACUAAAUUUAAAUUCUAUAAAUGAAUUAACUUUUAAUGAAAAACUUAAAAAUUUAAAAAUAAAUCAAGAGAAUAAGGAAGAGAAAGAGAAUAAUAAUCACAAAAAAAAUAGUAACAAUAAUAAAAAAAAAAAAGAAAAAAAAAGCAAUUCAGAAUUUUAUAAUCAUAAAAAAUUGAAUAACACUAGUGAUUUCAAUAAAAUUAAAUAUGCAACGAAAGAAGAUAUUUUAUUAAAAAAAAAUGUGAAGUAUGAUAAUCCAUUAGUCUGUUUUUUUGAUAAUAGAAUAUUUAAUAGUAUUGAAGAAAAUAUAAAACAUAUGAAUGAUGAUCAUACCUUUUUUAUACCAGAUGAAAAAUAUGUAACUGAUAUUAAAAAAAUUAUUUUAACAAUAGGAAAAAAGAUAUAUGAAGAAAAUAUGUGUAUUUAUUGUUUUAAAUAUUCAAAAUGUGUGAAAUCAAUACAAGAACAUAUGAUAUGCAAAGGUCACACUAAAAUUCAUGAUGAUUUUUUUGUUUUUAUUGAAAAAUAUUACGAUUUCUCGAAAACAUAUGUUGAUCUAUUAAAUAAAUAUAUUCAUAACAAAGAAGAUAAAGAAGAAAUUCUUUAUCUUCUACAAAAAAAAAAAAAAAAAGAGAUUACUUCAAGAUAUCACAUGAAAGAGGAACAAACAAAUAAAGAAAAUAACGAAACAGAUUCAUUAAAAUGUAAAAAUAAUGAAGAUAGUAAAAGUAAUAAUGAUUUAAUAAAAAAUGAAGUAAAAAUAAAUAACGAUAAUCAUAAAUUAGAAAAUCCUGUUUUUGAAAAGAGAUUUAAUACACAGGAUAAUUUAGAUAAUGAUGAAAAUGGCAAUGAUAUGGAUAUUAACCAUGUAGAUAAUAAUAUAAAUUUAAGCUUCGACAAACAUAUUGACGAUAGUAACACUAAUAAAUAUAGAAAAGACAUUUGUGAAAUGAAUAACAAUAAUGAUACAUGUGACGAUUUUAAAGUAAAAGAAGAAGAUUUAAGUAAGAACUUAAAUUAUGAUAUAAUUUAUGAGGUUUUAGAACAAUUUGGUUAUAAUAAACCAGAAAUAAAUGAAUAUAAUAAUUUAGUUUUACCAGAUGGAUCAGAAGCAAUUAAUAGAAAAAUUGCAUAUAUAUUUAAACAAAAGUUACCUUUAGAAAAUAGAACUAAAUGUGAUAAAAUAGAUGUAUUAAAAAAAAAAGAAAACUCUCUUCAAUAUCGUAAAUAUAAAUAUUAUAUUGAUUAUAUUAAAAAAUAUAAUUUAAAUUUAAAUUUGAAGACCAAUAACCUAAAUAAAUUCUAUAAAAGUGAUUCUAUUUUUUUUAUAUAA